AUGUCAGUAGCAAUUCGAAGAAACUUGAAGUUAGCAGUCAAAUUUUAUGGGCCAUUCGAGAUAAUUCGCAGAAUAGGACAAGUGGCUUAUGAGCUUCAGCUACCAGCAGAGCUGUGUUUAAUCAAACCAGUGGCAGAACGCUACACUCUUCUCCAAAAUCUUGAAUUUUGGAGAUGUGUUUGCGAUCCACAAGGGCUUAUUCACUUCAAGUAUAGCAUGGGAAGCAAAAAUGCUACUUUUCUCACUUCUCUCAAUAGUCAAAAUCUUGGAGUUAUUAUGAUUCCUAAUACAAUAUUCGCUUCAGAUCCGUCUAUUCUCGACGAUGUUCUUGCAAAAGGUUUCCAGCUUGAUAAGAAAGUGAUCAAACAACUCCGAAAGAUUCUCCAGUUUUAA